AUGAAUAUACCCAAUUCACCACUAUUUGCGCCGCAGCAACUAACAAACCAUCAUAGCACACCAACUAACUCCAAUAAUGACAAAGGAACUACCACAUCCACUCCCACUUCUAAAAACCAUCUAAAUAAAUCUUCAUCCUUGUCACUGGCGGUGUUAACUCCCACUUUACCCGAGAAACCCACUGUCUCAACUUCGUCAUUAGCGGUAUACAUUGUUCCUUCCGAACAGAAUCUAUUUGUCCAAGGGUUUGAAGAACAUAUAUAUUUAUCAAGACCACCAACAAUAUUACGAGGGUCUUUGGUUGUAAAGGUAUUAAAACCAACUAAAAUCAAAUCAAUAAGUUUAACAUUUAAAGGAAUUCAAAGAACAGAUUGGCCUGAAGGUAUACCACCUAAAAAGAACCAGUAUAAUGAAAUAAACGAGAUUAUCACUCAUACUUGGCCAUUUGUACAAGGAAACAUUAAUGACAAAUUGCCUCACAAUGGAGCAGAUUAUUUCAUUGAAAAAGAUGGAACCACUCAUCAGGGUGGUAUUAAUGCUAGUUUUGAAGAUGACUUUUCAUCAGUAAGAUCAAGUACUCCACCUCCGCCUGCAUUGGGACACCUGGCAACAAGUCCAUCAUCCACUCUUUCUCCUACUCGAAAAUCACACCGCGAGGAACAAUCAAGUAACAAUGCAGCUAACUUUUUCACCCGAAAUUUAUCACCAAGUUUUAUUCGAAGAGGAAAAUCAUCUUCCAUUUCCUCAAUGGCAGAAGUAGGGAAGACAAGUUCAUUUAUUGAUUUGAUUCCAACAACGUCUUCUCCUAGUCCAGGUGAUAGCCAUUCAAACAUUAUUCAUUUUUCCCCUGGUGAUUACAUUUACAACUUUGAACACCCAUUGCCAGCAUCCAUUCCUGAAUCAUGUAAUGCCACAUUUGGGAGUACAUCAUAUUAUUUGGAAGUAAGUAUCAAUCGACCUGGUGCUUUUAAAACCAAUUUAGCAGGCAGAUUACCAAUUAAUAUAAUUAGAACCCUUGCUGAAUCAAGUUUGGAAGAGAAUGAGUCUAUCGUCAUUACCAGAGAUUGGGAAGACCAACUUCGAUAUGAUAUUGUGAUAGGUGCCAAGUCUGUUGUGUUGGAUCUGUAUUUACCCUUGGCCUUUAGAUUUGUUCCACUUUGGGGUAAAGUAGCUCUACACAGAAUCAGAGUAUAUUUGACAGAAAAUUUGGAAUAUUAUUGUUCCAAUAAAAAAGUACACCGGAUGGAACCUUCUAAGAAAUAUUUGUUAUUAGAACACAAGGCCAAGAAGGGGAGAUCGUUACUUUCAUCCAAAAACCCAGAAGAUGAAUCAUCAACUGAUAGUUUAAACGAUUUUGAUGACGACAUUUUACCGAAAGAACUAGAAUUUCAAUUGUUUGUGCCCACGGAAUUAAACGCAAGAACAAAUAGUCGUCUUCAUCCUGAUACAUCAUAUGAGAAUAUCCAGGCUCAUCAUUGGAUUAAAAUUUGCUUGCGUAUUAGUAAACAGGAUCCAGAGAACCCUGAGAAGAGAAAACAUUACGAAAUCAGCAUCGAUUCCCCAUUACAUGUAUUGAGUCAUUUGUGUUCACACAACAAUACAUUAUUACCUGCUUACGAUGAUUUGAUUCCUAGCAUGUCAUUAGUUCACAGUCAUAACGAGCUCCCACCUCUUUCACCUGGGGUUACACCCGUGGAACAUACAGAAAGACCCCGAAAUGGAAGUGUUAGCAACCAAAUUUUGGGUAUGUUCAAUAGUAACAAUAAUGGAAAUAGUCAAUCACGUAGCAGUAGUUUGUCUCGAGAAAACGAAAACGGACGCUCACUGACGCCAAUAGAGUUUCAUCAUAUUUCUUCUGGUCUUGAAAGUGCUGGAGCCGUUGAGAGAGAAGCCGAUAUGCAUUUAGAAGCUAAUUUGUACCAACCAAAGGAGAAUGCUAUUAGUGCUAUAAAUUCACCACAGGCAUUACCACAUCCUGAUACGUUUUCAUCACCAGUAAUUCUGCUGCCAGUGCAACGACCAAUCCAUUUAAUUCGGAAACCAUCAGUCAACCCACCUCCUUUCGAUGCUGACGUACCACCGCCUUCUUCGAUUCCACCACCUGCAUAUGAAGAAUGUGACCCAGAAGGUAGACGCGGUUCUAAUGGUUAUGGAAGAGAUUUAUCUGUUACUAGUGACAACAGUCGUUCAUUAAGUUUAUCUCCAUUGAGAAUAGAUGAACCUAGUGAGAGUGGAACCACUUCUUCAACUAGACCUAGCGUUACCACUAAUAGUUUCCCUUCUACUGCUAUUGCUAGUAACACUCCUGUUAGAGAUUUAUUGAUACAACAAUUGAAUGGUUCUGGAAGUUCCAGUCUUGUUACCCCAACUGAAUUGGUUGAACCUACAACUAAAAUUGACGACAAUAUUCCCGUUGAUAGUCCUGUCCCACAGAUUGAAAUUCACAAUGAGAAUAAUGAUGAGAUUCAUGGCAACAACGUGAGUACUGAAUCAAUUUCUUCUCUUCGUCGAUCAAGUUUUAAUAGUGAACGUGGUAGCAAUAGUAAUGGGCACGACCAGGACAGGGCACUGAAUCGUGAAGGGGAACCGGAAACGGAAACGGAAGAAGAAGAAGAUAUUACGGAUUAUCCAUCACCAAUACUCCCACCUACAGCAGUGCAUGGAAUGGCUAAGAUAUCACGUACUUCAUCAGCCGCAUCAACCACAUCAAUAAACUCUGCAGAAAUUCCCGUUGAACAAACUAUUCCAUUACUCAGUCUUGUUCCGUCGCAUACUUCUCAAGCUAAUAUAGAUUCUUAUAAUAAGGGCCGUAAUGAAUCAGUGGGUUCUUUGUUAUAUGAAGUUGCUAAACCUACAGAGUUUUAUAAUGGGUUAGAAUCUAGUGCUGGUGUUGAUAACGAUUUCUUUAAAGUAAUGAGUAGUAGCUUGAGUAAAUUACGGAAUCCUCGGCUUGCUAAACAUUAUCAAGAUCAAGAGAGUUAA